AGGCCGCUGGCCCGAAGGUGCACCAGGACCACGCGGCACCCGAGCCGCGCGGCGGUGACGAGGAGCGCCGCCGCAAGGAGGGCAGCGCGCGAUACCUGCGCGCCGUGGAGCUGGCGCGGGAGAUGGCGCACAUGCAGGCGCAGCUGGACGCCGCCGCUGUGCCGGACGCCGACGGCCCCGUCCCCGUGUCGAGCACGCCGGCGCCGGCGCGGCCGGGGCCCAAGUCCGACGGCGCUACAGUGAUCGGCCGCCAGAGGCGCCACGUCGUGGGCCCCGCCGACCAGGCCCUCGGCGGCGGCUCCGACAGUGCGGAGGCGUGGCUGCGGCUCCACGAGCUGCUGGCCCAGCUCGCCGGCCCCGAGGGCGGCGGCCAGGGCGGCGGCGCUGCGCACGCCCCGCUGGGCGGGCCGGCCGCUGGGAUCGAUUGGGCCCCCGCCGCGGCCGCCUGUACGCGCGUGGAGGGACCUCCGCCGCCGUCGUCGCCUUCGGGCGCGGACCAGGCCCGCGUGCAGAAGCCCAGAAGCCGCCGCGGGUCCGUCAUGAGCAGCCUCGCGGAAGUCGGCAGGGUCCUGUCCGUCGGCUUCGUCCCGCUGGCCAGCUCCCCGUCGGUAGGCCACCGAAGGAGCAGCGCCCGCGACGCCUCCGUGGUGGAGCAGGCGUCGGCUGCCGGCGGCGGCCUCCGCGUGCAGCACGUGGUGGCGGCGAUGGAGCUCAGCAGGGCGGCCCGCGACAGCGCUGUCAGCAGGUGCUCGGCGGCCGUCGACAGGGCCUCGGAGCUGGAGGGCAGGGCGCGAGACCUCGACGCCCGGGCGCGCGAGCUCGAGGGCCUGGCGCUGCACCUGCGCGGCAGGGCCUCCGAGCUGGAGGCGGGCAGGGCGCUGGCCGCCCGCGAGCGCGACGCCGCGCGGUCGGAGGUGGCGGCGCUGAGGCAGGCGCUCGAGAAGGAGAGGGCGGCCGCGAAGCGCGCGGCCGCCCGUGCCAAUGCAGACCCCGCGGGGGCCCCAGCCUCCCCGGAGGAGCCGCGGGCGCGGCAGCUCCAGGCCGGCGCCAAUGCGCCUGCCAACCCCGACGCACCGUGGGACGCCGAGUCCGAGUUCGGCUCUCUUGCGCGGGACCUCGAACAGGUGGCGCUGCAGGAGCCGCCGUGCCUGCCGCCUCAGCCGCUGCCGCACCCUGGCACGCCGCACCAGUGCGGCACGCUAGCAGGCGGCGCUUGCCAUGUCGACCCGAGGAACGUGCGUCGCUGACGCAGACUGGGGCAGCUCCCUCGCCAGACUGCGCACACGCGCCAGCCAGUGAGCGGAGGCCUGAA